UGACAUGUAUUUCUUUAGAUGUUCAGGAAUAAACCAAAUAUUUAGAAUAUAUUUUCGCGACAUUCAUGUUGUUGGUUUUUAACUCGAGAAAUCCGUAAUGUACUUGUGGCGGUAGCAGGCUCUUUCGGCCCCAAGCUCUUUCGGCCCAGUCCGAAAUUUCAGGUCUUUUCGGCCCCAAGCUUAUUCGGACCCAAAUCGACCAGGCUCAUUCGGCCCCAUAUUUUAUUACACCUAUUGACUAGGAUGUAUGAUUGAAUAAAGGUGUUCAAAAUGAUAUAUAUUGUGUUGUCGGUUUGUUCCUUUGUAUUGCUUUUGAUUAUUGAUGAUAAAAUGAAAUUAAUUGAAAACCAUUAUUGUUUUACAAACUGUUACCAAUGUAUGUAAUUGUUUUAACUGUUGAAUUGUGCCGGCUUUUAAUUGCAUUGAUUGUCGGUUUGUUUGUUAAAUAUUGCGUUUGAUUAAAGGUGUAAAUGAUGAGUAUUUGUUUGGUAUGUUCAAGUGUUUUUUUUUGUCUGUUAUUUAGCAAUUCUUAACGAAAUUAUUGCAAAAACGUAUAAAAGUGCUAUUUUUGUGUUAAUAGGUAUCAUAAGUCAUUUUGCUGUCUAUGUUAUACUUUGGUUACUAGUUCUAUAAUUGUGCUGUGAAAUUUGGUAUGAUAUUGGAUGUUACUUGUGUUAAUCGUAAAUAAAUUUGUAAGUGUUAGUGUUUGUGAUUGUGAAUUUUUGAUGAAGGAGGACAAGUGUUUAGUGUGUAAGAAUGCCGUUCGCUCGCUGCAGCAUGGCAUCACAUGUGACGUUUGCGACAAAUGGCAGCAUCACACUUGCAAUACAGGCAUAUCCGCGACAGAAUAUUUUAGUGCAAAGAGGGGGGAUAUUGUUCUUACCUCCAUCUGCAAUGACUGCCGCAACCUCCCUUCAACGCCUGACAUCAGCCUAAACAUCAGCCUAAACUUAGAAAAUGUCGCGCAGUUGACUAUGCUUGAGAAACAGACAAAGAAGCAAGCUGUGUGGCGAUGCAGCGUGCGACGGAAAGCGUUCAUGUGUACCGCGUCGGUCACGCAAAAGGGUGACAUAUUUCAAGCGAAAGGGACGCACACUCACGCUGCUGACCCUUCGGUGCGGAAGAAAGUGGAAUUGAAACGUAAUUUGAAGACAGCGGCCGUGGCUGAUGUGUUCGCGGCCUCCUGUAGAUUGGUUGAUGACAAUAUGAAAGUUUUCGAGGCCACAGAUUUUAACCUGCCCAAGCCGCAGACAUUUACGAGGAUCCUCAACCGUGCCCGAGAAAAGCAUCGGCCAACAGAUCCAUCAUCACUUGACUUUGAGGUGGGCACAGACUUCAUUGGAGAUGGUUUUCUGCGCGGUGAUGUGCGUGUAGACGGGGAACGUCACCUCAUCUUCGCCAGCGACGAUCAGCUGAGCAGACUCCAGCAGUCAAACCGCUGGUUCGUCGACGGCACGUUCCACGUUGUCCGGAAGCCUUUUAUCAGCUUCUAUCCGUGCACGCAUUCCUACGCGUAGUAAUAUUAAUUGUGAUCUUUCCCGUUUACGGAAAUAACUUGUGUGCAGUAAAUUAUGUAGUAUGUAAUUAGGUUAAAUUAAUGUAUUGUGUUGUUAAGCCGUAUGUUUUCCUUAUUGUUAUAACUUUAAAAUUAUCCAAAUAAAUGUAAUAUAAAUUAUUUUAUUGUUUGUUUAAUUUUCAAAGCCGUCUCAUAUUCUUGUAUCUAUUCUUCUCAU